UUUUUUUGUUGUCUUAAUCAGUUGCGCGUACGCAGUUUGAUCUUAGGUUCUCUGUUGUAAACCGGUGGCACCCAUCCUUCUUCGCCGGCCCGUUCGGCGUUCGAUACCUUUAUUUUUAUCGCCAUCGCGAAAUGAAAGUAUUUCAUAAUACGUAUUCCGAUUACAUCUUUUUUAUAAUAAUACAAUUUUGCGCGUAACGAGCCGCUAAAAUCGAUUUAUCCUCGAGAAUGUCGAUAUAUUUUGUAGUGUGUAGUUCACGGGGUCAUUCUACCCAGAAAAUAAUGCUUUUUUAGAAAUUUUUUUAUCGAUUCAAUCGUUGCGUGGAAAAUUACCUGUUCGAGUGUAUUUUUAAUAUACUUACUGUGGCGGUGCGAUUUUAUUUUGUAUAUUUUUCCAGUGUUGAAGUUAUGAAAGCUGUGGUGUUGUGUUGAUGAGUGUGAAGAAGAAGAGGUAGUUGAUGUAGUUAUAAAAGGAACCUGGUGCGGAUAAUGUUAUCAAUAUGGUUAACAGUGAUAUUGGUUAGCGUCAGCGAAUAUUAUUCAAUUUUGGCAGAAGUACACGUUGGUACAGCGAUCAACGUGUUCAGUCGGUACGGGUAUUUAAGCAUUAGUAUGAGGGUGAUACCGAGAAAUGAUUCGGAUAGAUCGUGGAUCUUUCGUGAACCUACCGUUGAAGUUUUCGCCAAUAUGUCAAAUGAGGAGAACAUAAAAAGAAGCGUUAACAAAAAUGAAGCAUUCAAAGGUGACUUUCACAUGGAAUUUUGUGACAAUGUAAUACAGCUUUUACAAGCAUAUUUUCGAGAUUUCUCGGUGGAAAGGCUAGAAAAACCGUGGAAAGCGUUCACGGCGAGUUGGUCAAAGAAUAUUGUUGCCAGAAAUUUAGGUAUUAGCUCAUCGUACGUAAACAAUUUGCACGAUAAUUGUUUCGUUUUAAUUAGAGUGGCCAGGCACCGAGAAGUUGCAACGAUGUCGUCUAUUGACAGAAUGACGCCAGAUGAAAUUAUCGUUGACGAUUCCGUGCAGAAACAAAUUGAAGAUAUUAAAGUUGGCGACUCAUCCAGCGUUGUAGAAUUUAUUAGGAGUUUUGGCUCUCAUUACAUAACUUCAUAUGUUACCGGAAACGCUUUAUAUCAAGUAUUCGUUUACGAACCAGAACGAUAUAGAAUAAUAAAAGAAAGACUAAGAAAGAAAGGUAUCGAUAAAAUACCAUCUUCGGAACUAACAGAAUAUUUUUCACCUUUAAAUGCUCGACAUAUUGGACGAAUAUUAUCAGCCAGUGGAAACGAAACCGUUGAAAGUUGGGCAAGCAGAAAACUCCAAAUGUCAUUUUUCCCAGUGCCUUAUCCUAGUUUGUUAAAAUUGCAUUCUAAUUCUAAAUUAUUGUACGAAUUAAAUGGACUACUCGGCAACGAAGCUUUACUAAGACUAGAUUUAAAAACAUUAGCUCCAGCAUUUAAAGAUAUUCGUAAGCGAGAUUGGUUUCAUCAGGUUCUAGACAAUCACUUGAGAUUAUGGGAAGUGAACAUGUGAUACGUGUGUGUAUUGUGAAUUAUGUAUACUAAGUUACGCGAGUUCGAGUUUGUGUUUAUGAAAUGAUAGUCACGAUUAAAGAGUGAUUAAACUUAUUUAGAUGAAGGAAAAAGUGUUGUAGAUUUUUUGUUUUUAUUUUGAAGCAUGCUACUUUUGAUUAGGAAACGUUUUGGAAACAGAGAUUAAAUUUGGACAUACGAUACCUACGUAGGAACUCGCAAUAUUAUAGUUUAAGGCGAAUAUUUUACUUUGACUAUAUCGUGUUUGUUCCUUAUUUGUGAUAUUUUGUAGAUAAUAUGUUAUAAAUUAUAGUGCAGGUACUUACACCUAAAAUGUUUAUCAAUUCAAGCUCUUUAGACUCGGGCAAAUCACGAUGUAUAAACAAAGAUAAGUACUUACUUAAAAAAAAAAAAACUAUAAGCUUGAAAAGAGUAAUUUGAAUCAGAUUAUACCUACCUAUGUUAUGUUCAACUUCUAUUUUAUUUAUACGGUGAUCAAAAUAGGAGCUUAUGUGAUUGUAUUUUAUAAAUUAAAAGUAUCUUCUAUGUAUCAUCGGU